CGAUGAACAUGUCUUAACCCCUCGUCGAAGUCUCUGGCGUCUCAGUAGGUCGGAGCGCCUAGGCUCAGGCCGAAAAGCCACGUCCUUGAAGUUGCAUCGACGGUCUCCCCGCGGACCUGGGAGAGGAGGCUUCACCGGGUCCGUGUUAGUGACACGUGCAACGUGCGGAGAACCGCCGGUUGGAGAACCUUUGUGCGCUCCACGACGAGGAGGAGGGUGUCGCGCGGUGAGGAGGAAGCAAGCAGGGCCCCGGAGGGGGUUGAGAGGAAUGAGGUAUCCAAGUACCGCUAUACCUGGAGUCGCCCCAGGCGAAAUACAUACCUACCUACCUACCUAGUGCGUGUUCUCUCUCUCUCUCUCUUUUCUCCCUCCUUCCCUCCCUGUUUUUCUCUCUCUUUCUCGUAGUCGAUCGCUCCCUCCUCUACCUCCUCAAGUUCCCCUCGGGCCCCGCUCGCGCAAACUAUACCGCUGGAAGUACACGCCAUGAUGCACGCCAUAGAGCAACGGCGGGGACCGACCAGUGGCUUGCCUCAUCUCGCCGACGACGCGCGUCGCGACGUCGCCGUCGACCUCCUUCUCUCUUUUUUUUCAUUCUCUCUUUCUCUUUCUCUCUCUCUCUCUUCACUUUGCCGUCUUGCUGUGCGCGAGGAGAGUUUAUUCGUCCCGCUGAAUUUUGAUCUGCAAAAGGGUUUCGAGACCUCUAGGAGGAUCUUCAGGAAAUUGUGACUCUGACCAUUUCGAGAUAAAUAUUUAGCAGAGCUUUCGAUCAGUAGAAGAGUUUCGAAUCUUCGAGCUGGACAGAGAGUUGUUGAAGUGGCGCGUCCGAUCAGGAUCGUUGACACAGUUGGCACAUCAUCGUAACAAAGGGGAAGUGUUUCAGAGACACUUUUCCAUUUGCCGUUGAAGAAGAGUGUUCAUCAUCUUCAUCGUCGUUCUCCAAAAGUUCCUCAGCAUCGCGAUCGACUUCCGAUUGAAGAACCAAGGAAGAAAGAGGAGAGCCACUUCCUACAGGUAUUCCUGUCUAUUUAGGCAUUUGCGUUGAAUCGAUCGUCGUCAUCGUCGAAAGAUAACGUCGCGGCAACUCGAAAUUCGCAGACUAAGGAUUGCCGGACAAUCGUAGUGGCGAGGUGGAAGAGGACGCCGCGAAGAAGGCUCUCCUUCUUCUCGAGUGCUCACCUACCUACCUACCUACCCUACCACUUCCUCCUCCUCCUCCUUCUCCUCCUCCUCCUCCACCUCUUCCUCCUCCACCACUACCAUCGCGCUUACAGUCGUUUGGUUGCCGGCGAGCAAUACGGUUUAUGAUCGCGUAUACGCGUCUAGAAACAGCUGGUACCGCUGGUCGCGUCCAGCGAUCGCAAAUCUUCGAGGACCUCGUCGUAAGGACUGGUCCCUGUUUGAACCAGCUUGCCUGAUAAAACGAAUGCAUGGACUCGUGGGUUCCGAAGAACGUCCGCGCGAGUGAGAGUGAUAUUUUUCCGUCUUCUAGAGACGGUACUGCGCGAGUGCAGAAUAAUCAAAGAAAUAGAAAUCCCGAGGAUCUCUUACGUUAAAAACCCAAAGAAGCAGGAUUUACACCUUAAGGUUCGAGAUCUAUUCAAGAUCUAUUCCAUCCGGAGGAAUUGAGAGUUAUAAUAAUUUAUAUGUUGGAGAAUCAGAAAAUCUCCAAAGAGUCCAAGAGGGAAAAUCUAUUAAAAGCUAGGAUCCUGAGAUCUCUGAGGGUUCGAGAGGAAUCGGGAUCUGUCGUAUUUUGGGAGAGUUGACGGGAAAUUAGGAUCAAACAUUGCGUUCCUAGAACAUUCAAGCAUCCAGGACCUAGGAAACCUCGAGAAAUUAGCUUUCUCCGGGGGAUCGAGGAAGGUCGCAUGGCCACCAGGCGUCGGCGCGUCUACGUGGUUACCUGUGCGAGGAGCGUCGAGCCGCGACGACGCCUCGCGUCAUCCAGCGUGUCGUGCACCACAUGAUCGUCGACCAGUGAACGACCUCUCGUCGAGAGAGUUUCGGCAGCUUCUCCGCGACCGCGUUGUUAAUCCGUCCGAGGAAUUCCCAGCUCCAGAGUUCUCUGGAGGGUCCUGAGGGGGAGCCAUUUGGAUCGACCUUCUGGUCUUCUCGAGGUAUUAACCUGGCAGCGAUCUCCUCGUCUCUUCUAUUCACAGAGGUUACCCGUGGAUAUCCGAGGAUGCGGUGGCGAGUGAAGCGGAGUCGAGGGCGCCGCGUUUGACGAGGCUAUUCAGCGCAGAUCGACAUCGUUCGGCGCAUUUGAGCGAAUAAACGAAACCAACUUGGAGCGAGAAGCGUCGAUAACCGAGUACAACGAGUGGCGGCAUAUCGUCUUCAUGGACCUGACGGAGGCUUUCGCGCCGGGAGGCGGCGGCGAGGAUCUGCCGAAGACGGACUUCUUCGAUUUCGUGGUGUCGCCGCCGCCGCACUGCGCCUCGGCCGACGGGGUCGUUUCCGACGAAGAGAGCUUCCUGCAUCGCAGCACCGGUGGCUGCCGCACCAUGGGUGCUUACCUUCAGCAGACCCACGAGGAUCACGAGGGCUCGCAUGGCGGCUCGCCCUUCAUCAAGGAAACCAACAACAACACGCUGACGGCGCUACCGCCUGUCUCGACCAUCACCGGGUCGCUGAGCCAUCAUCAGCAUCAUCAUCACGCGCAUCAUCACGUGCGUGCACAGCACGGAGGCGUUCAAUCGGCUGGAGGCGAGACCACCGCCAUGGAUCAGUCAGAGUGCGAUUACUGGGGCCAGGAAGAUGAUGGCAAGGAGCAAACGUGUAACAUCCUAUUGGAGGACCUCAACAAGUACUGCUGGUCCUCGAGCGCGCACACCAACGAUGGAGUCAUUCACUCGGCGACCAGUGGUCCCAACGAUCAUCAUCAGGCCGUGGGUUCGGGUCGCGCGGGCUGCGCCGCAAACGACCGACAGAAUACGGACGGUGCCAUUUACACGCUGACGGUGCUGAAUAACGAGGCAAACUCGAUGGACGCAUUGGACUGUUGCAAGAGCCCGGCGCCUGCGUCCGGGGAUUCCUGGUCCCUUCGACCCAAUCUUGACCUCGACGCUAUUCUGAGCAUGGAACCGUCUUCCGGCGAGCAGGACCACGAACAGCAGACCAGCGGCGAUGUGUCCAGGAGUGUCAAUGAUAGGUUUCACGGGCCGGACGGCCGUGGCUUCACCGUGCCGCCAUCGCAGUACGCCACGGAUGACAGCGGCUUCGUUGAGAGCAAGGAGCUGUGUGCACGCGCGUCCUCGGCCAACUGUUCGGGCGACAACAACAACGAUUGGAAGCUAUCGGAUCAGAAUCUACAGGAGGUUGCGGCCGCGGCUGCUGCCGCAGUCGCCGUGGGAGCCGGGGACUCCGCCGAGAGUCUUCUGAGAAGUGCCCUUCAGGGCAAACUGUACACCGGGUCGGCCCAAUCGGUCUCCUCGUCGUCGCCAUCUUCGCAAACAUCCGCUAUAUCGAUGCCGGUCUCGGCAAACACGGCUCUCAUGGUGUCCGAUCAACAGCAACAGCAGCAGCAGCAGCAGCAGCAAGAGGAUUCUAUGCAGACGUGCACCGACGAGGACCUAUUACUCUCGCAACUGGACCAGACAACCUACCGACCGGGUGACUAUGAGAAGCUAAAGAGCAUCGCGAACGAAGUGGUAGAGUCCUACUGCAGUCUCGAGCCGGUCUGCAACGUGUCCGCGACCACUACGGUGAUGUAUACGCUGGACCCAACGAGCGGGAGUCUGGGUACCAUCACGUUACCGGCUGAUCUUGGUCAGGUGAGCACCGUGACAGUGGUUACGGCCGCUCAACAAGACGUUCUACAGCAACAGCCCGCUCAACGAACUGACGUCGACCAGCAGCAACAGCAGCAGCAGCAGCAACAGCAAUCGAAUCAACUGCAGCUGCCUUCCGCCCGGGUGGGGGUCAAGCCACCCAAGAAAUACGUUAGACGCGGCAAUCGCAACAAUUCCAACGGCGCCAGCAACGGCGGCGCCGGCUCGGAUACCGGUAGCAACGCGACUCAGCAACAAUCCGGCGGUUCCGGCGGCUCGCCCGGAAGCGUGCAGCGCAAGGAGCGUUCCCUGCACUACUGCGGCAUCUGCAGCAAGGGCUUCAAGGACAAGUACAGCGUGAACGUGCAUAUCCGGACGCACACCGGCGAAAAGCCGUUCGCCUGCUCGCUCUGCGGCAAGAGCUUCCGCCAGAAGGCCCACCUGGCCAAGCACUAUCAGACCCACGUGACCCAGAAGCCUGCCGGUAUCCAGCAGGCCACUUCCGGGAGCGGCAGCAGCGGCGGCGGGAACAACGGUAACACUAGCCCGACGGCGGAGACCAACGUGACCCCCUCCCCCGCGGCCCCCGCUAUCGCCAGCAGAACUCAGGUGACCGUGGAUCCCACGGGAACCGGCUGCAGUCCCCCCAGUUAGUUCGCGAAACGCGAACGCGGUAUGACGCGCGGGCGCACAUCCGUCCGUGUUUUUUUCUUUUUUUUUUCUUUUCUUCAGAAAAGAGAUGGCGACCGUGGCUGGCUUCUGCUUUCUCUUCUUUCGUUCCCAAUUUUUUUUUUCUUUUUUUUUAAUACGAAUAUAAUUUCCAUAAUGGAAACACCAAGCCGAGCUUGCGAGAAAGAGCGAACCAUGACGAGCGAUUAGAUGAGCGCAUCGUGUGUGUAUCGGGUGUUCGAAAACUAACUCACGUAAUUCUUGAAGAAUAAUUUUCCCGAGAAUUUUGUUUGAUUUCACAAGGUUUCGAUUUAAUUUGAAUUGGAUCUGAGGUAAUUAAUCUAAUUAAGUAAACUUGUUAUUCGUAAAAAUUAACGUUUCAAAUUAAAUUUAUCUAAUUACUUCAGUAAUUAUUUAAUCCAAUUUAAAUUUAAAUUAUUUUUUACAUCGACAUUAAUUUUAUUCAGGUACUUGAACAGCUCGAAUUCGCUUAAUUAUACUUCCUGUCAGAUCAAAUUCGAAUCACAACGUUGAAGGAAUCGAUUGCGAAUUAUGUGAAAACGAUAGAAAUAAUUUUCCGUGACAUCCCGCAUGGCAAGAAGCCAAUGGAGUUUAAUAUGGCAAAACUGUGACAGCGUUAUUAAUUAAAAAGUUGAUUAUAUGUAAGAACCCCGAUCUUUGUUUGCGAGAUUAUCUAUCCUAAAGGCGGCUCGCUGCCGAGUUUUUAUAUUAAUUAUUAAUUAAUUAAUUAUGGAGAGAGGGCUAAUCGCACUCCCUUUAAAUUAACAUGACAUCCGUGAAAUUGUUGUUCCUACGAUCAUCCAAUUACCCUUAAUGACAAUAAUGACGAAGACAAUGACAGGCGACGAUGAUGACGACGACAGCGCGACGAAUGUUUAUAGGCUACUUGACGAUAUUAAUUAUAUUUAAUA